CCCAGCACCAGGAAAAUCCCCCCCGGACCGCCGCUCGCCGGGAUACUUGUGCGCGGCAGCCCGGAUCCGGCCCCGCGGCGGCGGCGGGGCGCUGGGCGCGGAGCUGUCCGCGGGGGGCCCCCCGGGCCGGCCGCCCCCCGCCUUAUCCCCUCACCCCCACCCCCCCCGCCGCACCUGGAUGGUACCUCCCGCCGGCGACUCGGGCACUUUCUGAACUAGGAAGGAAGGGGCGACUCUGGAGGGGUGCGGGGGGGGGGGGUUGCGGUGGGGGGACGCCGAAGUCUGUAUGGAAUUACCUGCGCCCGCGGCGGAGCUGGCACCGCUGGAUGGAUGGGCGCCGCGUCCGCGGCACCGGCGGCCAGCUCAGCCCCAGGAGUAAACACGGGGCUUCUCCGGCCGAGUGCGCAGUGUGGUGACCGGCGCUCGCCCCGCUGACCGAUCGCACCGGAGGGAUAUUUCGGGAGGCUCCUGUGGGGAAGUGACCACGGAAAGACAGAAAAUGAAAGCUCCUAUUCCCAACUUGAUACUCUUGUAUGCUACUCUAACUCAGAGCUUGAAGGUUGUGACCAAAAGGGGAUCAGCUGAUGGAUGCACUGACUGGUCUGUGGAUUACAAGAAAUAUCAAGUUCUAGUGGGAGAACCCGUUCGUAUAAAAUGUGCGCUCUUUUACGGAUAUAUUAGGGCUAAUUACUCCCUAGCCCAAAGUGCUGGACUUAGUUUGAUGUGGUACAAAAGCUCUGGACCUGGAGAUUUUGAGGAACCUAUAGCUUUUGACGGAACGAGAAUGAGCAAAGAAGAAGACUCCAUUUGGUUCCGACCAACAGUGGUACAAGACAGCGGGCUCUAUGCAUGUGUUAUAAGAAACUCAACUUACUGUAUGAAAGUGUCCAUUUCGCUGACGGUGGGUGAAAAUGACACUGGACUCUGCUACAAUUCAAAGAUGAAAUAUUUUGAAAAAGCUGAACUUAGCAAAAGCAAGGAAAUCUCAUGCCCUGAAAUUGAGGAUUUUUUAUUUCCAUUUAGGGAGCCUGAAAUUCUGUGGUAUAAGGAAUGCAAGUCAAAGACGUGGAGAUCAAGUAUUGUGUUUAAAAAGGACACUCUUGUCAUUCGGGAAGUUAGAGAGGAUGACAUUGGAAAUUACACUUGUGAGUUAAAAUAUGGAUUCUUUGUUGUCAGAAGAACUACGGAAUUAACAGUUACAGCACCACUAACAGAUAAACCACCAAAGCUUUUACACCCCUUGGAGACUAAGCUAACAAUUCAGGAGACCCAGUUAGGCGGUUCUGCUAAUCUAACCUGCCGAGCUUUCUUUGGAUAUAGUGGAGAUGUCAGUCCUUUAAUCUACUGGAUGAAAGGGGAGAAGUUUAUUGAAGAUUUGGAUGACAGUCGAGUCUGGGAAAGUGACAUCAGGGUUCUCAAGGAACAUCUUGGGGAACAGGAGGUUUCCAUCUCAUUGAUCCUUGACUCUGUGGAAGAGGCAGACCUGGGGAAUUACUCAUGCUACGUUGAGAAUGGGAAUGGACGCCGACAUGCCAGUAUUCUUCUACAUAAAAGGGAGCUGAUGUACACAGUUGAGCUUGCUGGUGGGCUUGGUGCUAUUCUGCUGCUGCUUGUUUGUUUAGUGACUAUCUACAAGUGUUACAAGAUAGAGAUUAUGCUCUUCUACAGGAAUCAUUUUGGAGCUGAAGAACUAGACGGAGACAACAAAGACUACGAUGCAUAUCUAUCUUAUACCAAAGUGGAUCCUGACCAGUGGAAUCAAGAAACCGGAGAAGAAGAAAGAUUUGCUCUUGAGAUCCUACCAGAUAUGCUUGAAAAGCAUUAUGGAUACAAGUUGUUCAUACCAGACAGAGAUUUGAUUCCCACAGGAACCUACAUUGAAGACGUGGCGAGAUGUGUAGACCAAAGCAAGCGACUGAUCAUCGUCAUGACUCCAAAUUAUGUGGUGAGAAGAGGAUGGAGCAUCUUUGAACUGGAAACAAGGCUUCGAAACAUGUUAGUCACGGGCGAAAUCAAAGUGAUACUGAUUGAAUGCAGUGAACUACGGGGAGUUAUGAACUACCAGGAGGUGGAGGCCCUAAAACAUACCAUCAAGCUCCUCACUGUCAUUAAAUGGCACGGACCAAAAUGCAACAAGUUGAAUUCCAAGUUCUGGAAACGUUUACAGUACGAAAUGCCUUUUAAGAGGAUUGAACCCAUCACACACGAGCAGGUUUUAGAUGUCAGUGAGCAGGGGCCCUUUGGGGAACUGCAGACAGUCUCCGCAAUUUCCAUGGCUGCUGCCACCUCCACUGCUCUUGCCACUGCCCAUCCAGACCUGCGCUCCACCUUUCAUAACACAUAUCAUUCACAGAUGCGCCAGAAACACUAUUAUCGAAGCUAUGAAUACGAUGUACCUCCUACUGGCACCCUGCCGCUUACCUCAAUAGGUAACCAGCAUACCUACUGCAACAUCCCUAUGACACUUAUAAACGGGCAGCGGCCACAGACAAAAACUAACAGGGAGCAGAAUCCGGAAGAGGCUCACACAAACAGUGCGAUACUGCCCCUCUUGCCACGGGAGACCAGUAUAUCAAGUGUCAUUUGGUGACCGAAAUGCAAGGGGCCAUCAACCCCCUUGAGUAGGAGCUGAGUCUGCAGUCCGGUGCCUGGAACUACAUCCUCGACUGCUGCUGUUAAACAUGCAUUACAAUCGAUAACAUACGAGGAAAAACAGGGUCUUGUACAUAUGUUUUUUGCAAUUUCUUUGUAGCAUCAGUCUUCCUGUUUUACCCAUGUUUCUUCCCAUUCACAUUUUCGACUUUGUUUUAUAUGUCAUUGGAGUUUGUAUAUUUACAUUUUUUUAAAUGAAGAGACUGCUGUAUAGAUAGGAAACAUUUUUGCUUCAUUAGUAUAGUUUUAGACUUUUUGUUUGUUUGUUUUUAACCUCUCUUGGGAAUGCUUGGACAAAGCUAUGUUGAUAUCAGAAGCACCAUCCAUUUUGUUGGCCUGCCUAGCCUGAUUCCUGAAGGCCAUGCCUGCUGCAGUUCACCUCUUUUGGAGAAUAUUUGUUCUUAGAAGGACCCCAUCCCUCACUGAGAGCUCCAGUUUCAUUUCUACUCCCGUAAUGUGCACUGCUCCUUCCCUGCCCUUACAAUGACCCCCAUUUGGGGUAACACUACAGUCUGAUCAUCUAACAUGUAACGUGGUAGAUACCUGUCGAACAACAGAAUAUACCCAAUCUGUAUCAGUUGCUUCACAGUAGUCACUACAGAGUGUGUAGAAACUAGAGAUGGUUUGGUUUUUGCUUUCUUGGGUUUGUUUGGGUUUUUUUGUUUUGGUUUUUUUUUCAAUUAUUAUUUUAGGAAUGAGUUGAUUGUAUCCCUUUUAUAAAUAUAAAAGCAAACCCUAUUUUUAACACUUCCUGGAAAAGUAUUAAUGUGGUUGUGGAUUUUAUUUUUAAGCAUUUAACUUUUUCUUCUCCCCCUUUCAAAAUCCUGCAAAUAAGAUCAUUUGCAAUCAUCAGGCAAGUAAGACAAGUGAGGCAAUAGGCACUGAAGUGCAGAGAGUCCUGCUGAUAUUUACAGUGAUGACUUCCAAACCAAAGGGGAAUAAAAAGACAAUAUUGUAGAUGGUUUGUCACUUUGUAUUAUAGAAAGUGUUAUUUUCUAAAAAGGAAUAGCAAAACAUUAUUUUGCUGUGGAUUACAGAGUCCCCUUGUAUUUUAAUGUUCCAAAACCUGUAUUUGCUUUAAAAUGCUAUAUUCAGGAUUAAGAAGUCGUCUUUCAUUUGGUUUUAGCUUGUAACAAUAAGUAAAACUUUAUUAAUUUCAACAUGAUUUCAGUAAGAACUCAGGCAGAAAAAAAUGACAUGAUUGCCAACAAAUAUAAUUGUUUUCAGAAUAAACUUUAUUUAUACAAAAUUAAUAUUUAAAUCAGACCUGGAAGUAUUACAAACAAUUUA